AUGGGUCUUUUUGAGAAAUUACAUGCAAAACUAGAGCUCUACCGGCUCGAACAAAGAUACGCCAGACGAAAACACCGCAGCACCCUCACCAUGGGCGCCCAAUACGUCGAUGGCGAAUAUGUCUACACAAACAAUACCGGAAGUGGUUAUUCAUCAGCCGCAAACUCGAGCUCAACAGUAGCUAAACACUCAACCGGCACGUCGUGGAGGCCGUCAGGGAACUGGGGCGGAUUCGGUUCACUGGAUCGUCGGAAUCGAUGA